GUGCCUGCUUGCAAGUUAGCUAAUCAUGUCCUUCUGGGUUGGCUUCAUGGCUAUUUCUGUAUAGGAAGGUUUGCUCCUCUCCUGAAGUGUGGCUGCAUUGGAUAGCAUGACUAUCUAUCCACCCGCUCUGAUUCAUAACAGCAUACGGUGCAAAUCAAAUCGAAAUGCUAAAGUUUCCCAUUUAUUCGGUGUUGGUUAGCCAGAAGGCUACCAGCAGCCCUGAAGGUAGCAGCACCUUGUUAGGAGGUCAGCUCCCUCCCCAGGAUGGGCAGUUGGAACCUUUAAAUGAGGGUUUCCUUUCUAGAAUCUCCGACCUCCUGCUCUGCAGAUGGACUUGCCGGCACUGCUGUCAGAAGUGCUAUGAGUCCAGCUGUUGCCAGUCGAGUGAGGAUGAAGUUGAGAUUCUGGGACCUUUUCCUGCCCAGACUCCACCCUGGCUGUUGGCCAGCCGGAGCAGUGACAAGGACGGGGACUCUGUACACACAGCCAGUGACGUCCCACUGACCCCACGGACCAACUCUCCAGAUCGGAGAUGCUCGUCCUCAGACACAUCUAAGUCUACAUACAGCCUGACCCGGAGGAUUUCAAGUCUCGACUCCAGACGGCCCAGCUCCCCACUGAUUGAUAUUAAGCCCAUCGAGUUUGGCGUUCUCAGCGCCAAGAAAGAACCCAUCCAGCCCUCGGUGCUCAGACGGACCUAUACGCCGGAUGACUACUUCAGGAAGUUCGAGCCCCGCCUGUACUCCCUGGAUUCCAACAGUGACGACGUGGACUUCCUGACGGACGCAGAGAUCCUGUCCAAGUACCAGCUGGGCAUGCUGCACUUCAGCACGCAAUAUGACCUGCUGCAUAACCACCUGACGGUGCGGGUGAUCGAGGCCAGGGACCUGCCGCCCCCCAUCUCCCACGACGGCGCGCGCCAGGACAUGGCGCACUCCAACCCCUACGUCAAGAUCUGCCUCCUGCCGGACCAGAAGAACUCCAAGCAGACCGGAGUCAAACGCAAGACCCAGAAGCCCGUGUUCGAGGAGCGCUACACCUUCGAGAUCCCCUUCCUGGAGGCUCAGAGGAGGACCCUGCUCUUGACCGUGCUGGACUUCGAUAAGUUCUCACGCCACUGCGUCAUCGGCAAGGUGGCUGUGCCUUUGUGCGAGGUCGACCUGGUGAAGGGCGGCCACUGGUGGAAGGCGCUGAUCCCCAGUUCUCAGAAUGAGGUAGAACUCGGGGAGCUGCUUCUGUCACUGAAUUAUCUCCCGAGUGCUGGGAGGCUGAACGUUGACGUCAUUCGAGCCAAGCAGCUUCUUCAGACAGAUGUGAGCCAAGGUUCAGACCCAUUUGUGAAAAUUCAGCUGGUACAUGGACUCAAGCUUGUGAAAACAAAGAAGACAUCCUUCUUAAGAGGCACAAUCGAUCCCUUUUACAAUGAAUCCUUCAGCUUCAAAGUUCCCCAAGAAGAACUGGAAAAUGCCAGCCUAGUGUUUACAGUGUUCGGCCACAACAUGAAGAGCAGCAACGACUUCAUCGGGAGGGUUGUCAUCGGCCAGUACUCCUCCGGGCCCUCGGAAUCGAACCACUGGCGGCGGAUGCUCAGCGCCCACCGCACGGCCGUGGAGCAGUGGCACAGCCUGCGGUCCCGGGCCGAGUGCGACCGCGUGUCCCCUGCCUCGCUGGAGGUGACCUGAGGGCCACGGGGACGGCAGCUGUCGUCUAUGGAAAAAAGGAAGAAAACUUAGGACAAAAAAAACAUGCCCGAUGUGUAUACUGUUCCAUCCACACACACACACACACACACACACACACACACACACACCCAUACACACCCAACUCCUCUCAGAACUGAGAGGACGUGGACUGUUGAUCACAUACUGGCCGCCCUUGAGGAGCGAGGCCUGAGAACUUUCCAGAAGCCCCAUCCAUCCAUCAGCUGCGAGCUGAGCGGGCUCUGCCGUGAGACUUAUGGGCAGUGCUUGCUCUCGUGGACCCUCCCGCCCCAAAAUGCACUUUCAACCCUCAGGCCAGAGAAAAGACCUCCCCGAGGGUGCCAGCCUCCACUGAGAUGAAAUUUUCCAAGAGUCUGGCCAGUGUCUCGGAGUCGGACACGACUGAGUGACUGACACUUUCACUUCACUUUCACUUUGGCCGGUGUGGGGAGGCCUGAUCCCCCCAAACCCAAAAUGCGCACCCACUGGGUGACUCCCGAACCGUCUGCUGUUCCCAGAGGUUCCUCAGACCUGCUACCUUUCCCCCAACGUGUAAGUACUUCGUCUUCUCUUUAGUGGGUGUGAUACAUAGAUUAGACUAUUUGAGGAAACCAAAUGGCAACAAAAAAUACUCCAGUGUCAGAAGCCGCUCCUGGCCUCACUGAAGCCGUCCUUGUGUUAGCUUCUCCCUGCGGACUCCCCGUGGAGGUGUGUGUGGAUGUUCUGGCAUGCGUGCCCUCACGUGAGCGUGUGUGUGUGCCUCUGUGUCCCGUUGGUGAGCAAGGCGCUGGCCGGUACCUCAGGCCCGAGCACUCCUUCUGUCUGCCUUGCCCGUCAGUGAAGUUUCACCCACCGCCCUCUUGUGUGUCAAGACCCCACCCUCAGUAACAGUAGCGUGUGUGAAUAGCAAGUUAAUAGAAUACGAUAGAGCAGAAGUAACAUUUUUUGACCGAAUCAUGGCGACUGUGACUCCCAGAAGACAUGCAGAAGACGGUUACACGGAAUAAAAUGGCCACCACGCCCACCACGCCCCCCUCCAAGAGUCUCCCUCCUUGUCACACUCUGAGGGUCUCGCUGUGUUUCGUGUGUGAACCAAAGUCACUUCUCUCGUGCUAAGAAAUUAGUGUAGUUAGAAUAGAUCUCUUUCUCUCUCUCUCUCUCUCUCUGUUGGAUGCUUCUGUAUCUUUUCCCACAGUGUAUUGUCUGGUAUAAUGGGGAGCUAUUUAUUGAAAUUAAAGAUUAUUUAUUUGUGCCAUGCA